AUGUCGACUCCAGUUCCUCCACAGCCGCCCAGAGCUGGCUUUCCGCAGCCGCCCAACAAUGGCAACUACCAGAUGCACAACAACUUUCCGCAACAUCCGGGCGCACCGCAGCCAACUCAAUUCCCGCCGGCGGCCACGUCGAGUUUCCCAGGAUCAGGCCCGAACUUCCCUGCUCCCGGCCAACCUCCGAUGUAUCCUCAACAGCCAGCUGGCUUCCAGCCUCCAGCUCCGGCGACAAAUGGGUACCCAGGCAGCUUUCCGCCGCCCCAGCCCCAGAUGACAAACGGAGCUGCUCACCCUCCUCAAUUCCCGCCGUCUCAACCUGCUGCCCCUCAGGCUCCCCAACAGCAGCACCAUCAACAACUUCAGCCGCAGCUCUCCAAGGGUCCGCCUGCCGGGAAUGAGGGUGCGUUUGCUGCCUACAAGCCGCCAGCGCCGUCGGCCACACCCACAUCUAUGCCGAAUAUUCCGAACAACUUGCCACCAGCCGGCCAACAUCCGCAGAAUCCGUUCCCAGCGGCUCCUGCGACUUCUAGCGCUCCGCCUCCGAACGCAUUCCCGCCGGCUCCUCAAGCUUCGGGCUAUCCCAAUGCUUAUCCUGCGCCUUCGGCCGGCUAUCCGCAACAACCUGCGCAACAGCCACCUGUGGCUCAACCGUACCCGCAGCCUGGUCCUCCAGCAAUGCCUGGAUUCCCGCCCGGAAUGCCCGGCCCACCGAUGCCGAAUCAGAUGAAUUUCAUGCAGCAGGGAAUGCAGAAUAUGAAUGUUGCCGGCCAGCCGUAUCCCGGACCACCUGGUGGGCCGCCCGGUCCCCCUGGUCCGCCUGGGCCUCCCGGUUUCCCGGGCGUUCCUGGUGCCGCUCCCUACCCUGGUGGCAUGCCUCAGCAGCAACAACAGCAAAAGCUCAACGCCAAGAUGAUGCCGAGUGCGGUUGCCGUCCGCGAGGAAGACGCAGUGCGCGCCGGGCUCUUCCCCACCGGAUUCCCCCAUGCCGAACACCCGCCGCUCGUUUCAACCGACUUCUUUGCGCAGGACCAAGGCAAUGUGAACCCGCGUUUUAUGCGGUCGACGAUGUAUGUGGCCCCACAGGUCGGAGACAUCUUGAAGCAUUCCCACCUCCCGCUAGCAGUUGCGAUUUCCCCGUUCGCUGCCUUGGAUCCGCGAGAGCGUGCUCCACCAAUCGUUGAUCUCGGACCACAAGGGCCAAUCCGUUGCCAGCGCUGCAAGGCUUACAUGUGCCCGUUCAUGGAAUUCCAAGACGGUGGCCGCAAAUUCCGGUGCCCGUACUGCCACGCUAACACUCAAGUCGAGGACGCUUAUUUUGCUCAUCUCGACCACACCGGCCGACGCACAGAUAUCGAAUAUCGUCCCGAGCUGCUCCUAGGCGCCUACGAAUUUGUUGCUACAAAGCAGUAUUGCAAGAACGGCGUUGCCCCGAAAGAGCCGGCCUUCAUUUUCAUGAUCGACGUCUCGUAUAAUGCAAUCCAAAAUGGCAUGCUUCACGUGCUCUGCAAGAAUCUCGAAACGAUCCUCAAUAGGUUGCCAAAGGAAUACGGGCAAGAGCUUUCUACGGUCCGGGUUGGUAUUGCCACGUUCGACCAGGCCAUCCACUUUUUCGACCUGAGCAGUCCCACUCCCAGCAUGAUGAUUGUCGGCGAUGUGGCCGAGGCCUUUGUGCCCAUGGUCGAUGGGCUACUCGUACCUUUUGAUCAAGGCGUCCACGCAAUUCGCACUCUUUUGGCUGAAAUUCCUCGUCUAUUCGCGCAGACCCGGUUGACUGAGGGAAUUCUGGGGCCGGUGGUGCAAGCUGGCUUGGAUGCUUUGAAGUCGGCGGAUCGUGCUGGCAAGUUGUUCAUCUUCACUACUUCGCUGCCCGGCUUCGAGGCCCCCGGCAAGCUGAAAAAUAGAGAUGACCGCAAGGUGUUGGGCACGGAAAAGGAAAAGACAGUCUUGCUGCCGCAAAACGAAUUUUACACGAAGCUGGGAGAGCAAUGCGUCAAGGGCGGAUGUACUGUGGACAUGUUCCUCUUCCCCAAUGCUUACAUUGAUGUGGCCACCAUUGGCCAGUUGACGGCUGUCACCGGAGGGUCCAUCUACAAAUAUCAAUACUUUGAUGCAGCCAAGGAUAGCCAACGCUUCCUGACAGACUUGGCGCAUGAUGUGUCGAGGCAAAUCGCCUUCGAUUGCAUGGUGAGGGUGCGAAGCAGCGCCGGCAUUCGCCCCGUCAAGUUCUACGGAUCGUUCUUCAUGGAGAACACGACGGAUAUGGAGAUCGCCUCAAUUGAUCAGGACAAGGCCUUCUUUGUUGAAUUGAAGCACGACGAUAAACUUACCGACCCGACGGCCGUCAUCCAGGCUGCCGUUCUGUACACCGCCGUCUCUGGACAGCGUCGCCUACGUAUCUUGAACCUGUGCCUGCCCGUCACCACGGAUUAUAAUCAAGUCUACCGCGUGGCCGAUCAGGAUGUUCUAGCGACGUACCUCUUCAAAAAUGGCGUGGAGAUCAACCGAGAGAAAGGGCAAAAGGACGUGCGCGAGUCCCUCACGAACCGUGUGGCCAAGAUCCUGGCGGCCUAUCGUGAAAAGUGCUCAUCGGAAGCGGCACUUGGCCAGCUGAUUCUGCCAGAGACGCUGAAAGUGCUGCCAUGUCUCGUGAACUCCAUUCUGAAACACGAUGCCAUCGCGGCCGGAAGUGAAAUGACGGUUGACGACAAGGCUUGGCUAAUCGAGACGAUUCGCGGAAUGAAGGUUGAAGAUGCCGUUUCCUUGCUGUACCCGCGAAUUGUAGCUGUAUCGGAACUUCAGAUCAACGAUCCGUCUGAACUCCCGGGCCUCCCUGCUCAGGUUCGCGCCUCGAUGGAAUUCAUGGAAAAUACCAAGACCUAUGUCAUUGACACUGGGAUCUGCAUGUUCAUCUGGGUCGGUCUGGGAACACCGGCGGAAUGGGUGCAGGAUGUCUUCGGUGUUCAAGCUGCCACAUUGGUCGACUCUGAAAGCCAUCUGAUCCCGGAAAAAGACAACGCGAGGUCGAGGGCUCUUCGGCGCAUCAUUGAUUUGAUGAAUGUGGGAAGCGCCCGAAGCCGCAAGCUCUUCAUCAUCAAGGAAAAAGAUGCGCUCGAGGGAUGGAUGAGGAAGUUCCUUGUCGAGGACAAGCCCGGCUCUUCGAACGCCAUGUCCUACGUCGACUACCUCUGCCUCGUUCAUCGCGAGAUUCGCAAUCUACUCUCC